CGAUUUUGCAUUUCCGGGAGGGCUGCAUUGUUUAUUAACAGUCCUUCUCCCUUUUGGCUCAGGCACACUGCUCUGGAUGGCUGUGUACAACACAGCCAUCAAGAGCAGUUUGAUUACAGUAAAGCCCACACACCCCGCCCGCUACUAAAACACUCCCUGCACACAGUUAACCCUUUGAUAGCCCCUCAUGUUAACCCCUUCCUGCCCAGUGCCAUUAGUACAGUGUCAGUGCUUUUUUUUAGCACUGAUCACUGUAUUGGUGUCACUGGGGAUGUCAGUGACACCAAGUCAGUUCCCCCCAGUGUCUGAAUGCCUGCCGCAGUCCCACUAUAAGUCGCUGAUUGCCAUUAUUAGUAAAAAUAAA